AAGUCCAUUUGCUUCUCAUCAUCAUCAUUAGGAAACACAGGUGAGCUCCCUCGAGACAUGCAUACCCUGCAAAUCUAAAUUUCUUUUUUCUUUUUGCUGUUUGUCUGGCAGGAAAGUCAAAAGUCUGUCUGGAAAGUCAAAAGUCAAUCGCGUGCAUGCAUAUACUCCUUUUUCCCGGAUCUAAUCCUUACAGUCUUCAUGUUGGGAGGAUGAUUGAUCAUAUCCUUGAGGUGGCUUCUGGUCCAGCACAUAAUAUUCAUUCACGCAUGGAUAUAUAGCUAGCCUGUAUAUAAAUAUAUGCUUUUGUUCCCCAAUAUAUGCAUGUUCCUUACAGUUUUUCCUUAACUUUCCUUUUUUGAUCAGGGUUCUUUUACCCUUUCUAGCUACCCUCCCGCUGGUACUCCAUCCCAAAAUAAGUUGUCCUCUCUCUCUCUCUCUCUCUCUCUCUCUCUCUCUCUCUCUCUCUCUUAGAUAGCAAUCAACUAAUGGCGGGUGGUCUACCGGUGAUCGAUUUGAAUGACUUUCCGAAACAAUCACAGAAAUUGGUGGAAGCAUGCGAAGAGUGGGGUUGUUUCAGGGUCAUCAACCACAAGAUCCCAACCGAUUUGAUGAAAGAGAUGAGGUCGGUGGCAGAAGAUCUUCUUGAUCUUCCCACAGAAAUAAAACAGCGAAAUGGUGACGUGAUCGCUGGUAGCGGGUACAUGGCACCCAGUGAGAUAAAUCCUUUUUAUGAGGCAUUGGGUCUAUAUAACAUUUGCUCGUCCAAAGCUGUGGACGACUUUUGUGCACAAUUGGAUGCUUCUCCCAGAAACUGUGAAAUAAUGAAGAGGUAUGGUGAAGCCAUUAGCAAGCUAGCGAAGGACAUUGCAUGCAAGCUGGCCAAAAGCAUGGGGCUACCAACGGCAAUUUGUGAUGAUUUGUUUGAAGGAUGGCCUUGCCAGUUCAGGAUAAACAAAUAUAACUUCUCUCUAGCCUCUAUAGGUUUCUCCGGCGUACAAAUGCACACUGACUCCAGUUUCCUCACCCUACUCCUUGAAGAUGAAAAUGUUGGUGGUCUUGAAGCUCUGGACAAGUCUGGCGAGUUUGUAUCCAUCGACCCCAUCCCCGACACCCUUCUUGUCAACCUUGGUGACGUUGCUACGGUGUGGAGCAAUGGACGAGUUUAUAAUGUGAAACACCGAGUACAGUGCAAGGAAGGAUCCAAGCGUCUGUCAAUUGCUACAUUCCUCUUGGCACCUAGGAAUGCACUGGUAGAAGCCCCAUCAGAAUUUGUGGACGCAGAACACCCCCGCCUUUUUGUUCCUUUUACUUACGAGGAAUUUAGACAACUUCGAAACUCCAAGAAAUUGCAAGCUGGUGAAGUUUUGGAAUUGUUACGUAUAAAAUAAAGUAAAACUUUAAGACGUUUAUUUAAAAUAUAGAAUCCAUUGAUGUUUCCAAAAGCUAUAGCAACAUCAACCAUGAUGACAUAGGCUAUUAUUGUAAUUUUUUGUGACAUUUAUCUGGAACUUUAUGCAAGGUGGCCAAAAGUGUGUUGUUGAUAUCAA